AAAGUACCAAAGUCAGUGAUUCAGUACAGAGCGUGUUGUUGCAGGGCUGCUUAGAGCAGGUGUUCUGAACAGGGUGGAGAGUGAGCCCCAGGGAUCCUAGAGAGACCCAACCCGGGCUGGGUCCUGCACUGCCAGGAAAGCAGCUGCUUCCCCGUAGAAAAUAAAAAUCCUUUCUGCUGGUGAAGUGGCUGCGCUUCCCACCUCAGUGACAGCCUGCCUGGGUCUUGGGAACAGCAGAGAAUACAGCUUGUUCUGAAGUCGUCUGUGACCGACUGCAGUCACCAGGCACCAAACAGGUCAAAACACCAGAGCGAAUCUUGGGCACGGUUGCCUGCAGUGGGACACGUGUAGGCUGAAGCUGUGCAAGAAGCUGACUGUUCAUGCCUUUCUAAAGACACCCUCUGAAGUAGGCUCUGUUUGUGUGAGCCUUGCUCUGGACUUGCCAUUUCAGUUCUGUUGUGUAAUGUAGCAGGUGAGCUGGCCCCAUGGCUAGGAUCCGUAUUAACUGUCAGGUCUUAACUGUUACAUCUGGUUCUCCCUCUGACCAAGCAAAUCAGUCAGAGCUGCUCAGAAUACAGGGCUCAUGUGCAGCAUAAACAGGGACCCCUCAGAGAGCUGCAAAACCCCAAGCACUAAUUGCAGGUCAGAUCCUUCCGUCUUUCAGCUCAAGGCUCUUGCAUGGGCCCAGUCCACGCAGUCCAGUUCCCAGGAAGGCAGUUGAAAUGACUGGAUGGCAGCAGGCUGUCACAAGCCACAGCAGGAAGAGGAGUUGCUGCUGGAGUGGCCUGGCUUCUUUGUGAGCUUCAGCUUGUCCAGGAGAGAGGUGUGCUGAAAUGAAGAGAGCCAGCACCUUCGAGGAGCAAACGGAGUGUGUUGUAGAGGCACUGCUCUCUGACCUCCUGGGGGGAGAGGUUGGAUGGCGCAGCCUGGAGACGGAUUCUACACCUCAGGCACAGUCAGCGGUCUUUUACUGCCAGGCACAAGGAGCUUCCGACACGUUUGACCCGGUGGUGAUUGCCAGCCGCCUGCGGAUGCUGGGGGACCAGUACAACCAGGAUGUGGAGGGACCAGCUCAGGAGGUCAUCAGCAAGAUGGCGAGCGGAAAGGUGGAGGCAUUUGGAGCUGCGGUGGAAUCUCUCAGCAGGAGCUGGAGCAGCCAGAACCCUGGGCUGGGCUACGAGAGAGCCUUGCUGUCUGUGUCUGUGAAGCUGGGCAUGUACAUCGCCCAGAAAAUCCCAUCUGUGAGGGAGCAGCUGGUGGAGCUGAUUAACAGGAACCAAGUGAGAGGCUACAUCCAGCACCAGGGCGGAUGGGAGAACUUGUAAAACUGACAAGAAAAGCCACACUGCAUCCGGGGACGUGCCACCCAUGCCCAGACGCCACCACCCAGGGCUCCAUUUUCAGAAAGAAACGACUCUUCCUUGCCAUCAGGCCUACAGCCUCUGCCCGUCCCUCCCCACCCCUGAAGAUGGAGUACCUGCGCUGUGAUUAGAUGUGUUAUGACUGUCCCUCCCUGCCAGUUCCCAUGUGCAGUCCCUUUAUUCACAAGUAUCUGCAGGGUGGGUGCAGAGCUCGGUGUUGGACCUUGCCAGGGACACCUGGCUUUGCUGAAACAAGCCCCUAAGGAGUGAAUGCAUCUUAAGUGACCCUGCAGCCUGUGGGCAGCUCUUUGGGGUGCUGUGGUUGCAUCUGCCUGUGGCAUGAGCAGUCAGCAGUGCCAGAGAGGCUGCAUCCCAUUUUGGGCUUUGUGGGGAGUGGCCUUGAACCGAGUCACCCCACCCCAGGCCAUGCUGGAAGAGCUGCACAGACGGGGGUUGUCCCCCCCCGGCCCCAGCCCUCACUUCCCAAAGAAGUCUACCACGCCUCUCUGAGCGGGGUUCUUCCAGAACACCUCUGUUAGGUCCCUCGCCCCUGCCCUGAUGCCCACCUGCGAUCGUGGGGGUGGUGGCAGCCUGAAUGUCUGUAUUAAAAAACCUAUCAGACAGAUUUGUGAGCGUGAAGACGGUCCAAGUCCUCUGCGUGUUUGUCCUCCCACCCUGUGGAUCAUGCUGUCUCUGGCUUGUGAGUUGCUGGCACCCAAGCUGUGUCUCCCAGCCCAGCUCCUCACUUGGGGUC